CAACUAUAAAACCAAAACCCCACUCCACCGUCCUUUUUGGCGCGAAAGUUACAUCCCUAACUUCGACACUGUUCUACGCCUAUUCCUUCCAUGGACACCGUAGGGCUUCGUCAUCCUCAAUUUUCCGAGGAUUUAACUUGGCUUCCUACUUGGGUUCACCAACAUCAUAUGGGGGCUUCAGUUGAGCAAGCAACGGAACCCCAGAUGAGUUCCGCUCAAGAUCUCAAGGACAUGUCAUUGCCGCAAGGGAAUGUCAACAAAGAAAAAGAUAUUGAUAUCUUGUUGAAGGAAGAAGCCAACAGGUGUCAUUUGUUCUUGUCUGGGGAAGACAGUUCACCAAUUAGUACUGCCGAUCUUUCUGGCUCUGUGCUUCAUCUUUCCUUGCGUCUUUCUCAGACAGGCAAUUCUCAAUAUAGUCAAAACCCCGCUUAUCUAUCUCAGGCUCUCUGUGACUCUGGGAAAGCUUUGUCAGUUCAACCCCUUGAAAGUUCACCUGCCUAUGAGCAGAAGACUUCUCAGCCAAAAACAUACUUUACUUCUUGUAAAAUGAAUUCUUCACCUCUAACUGCUAUCCCUGGAAGCAUGAAAACUGUUGGACCUCAAUGUCUUAGUAAAAACUGUUGUGGGAGAAGUUAUGAAGAAAUAUCAGGUUUCGGCAUACUCAAAGUAGCUGACUUGAAUAGUGCGGUCGACCUUUUGGUUGCUGCAUCAGAAGCGCUAGCUAUACACAAUUUAACUAAGGGCAAGUCGGCAUCAGAAGGUUUGCCUACAGUAUCGGUUCUUGAAGCUGCCCUUCGAGUGAAGCAAGCACGGUUGGAGGGUUCGGCGGCAACCCUUGCUUGCGAAACCAAUGAAAUUGAUGAGAUUGAUUCUCUUUCAGACUUGGAUGAUUUCAUUAUGGCAGAUGCCCUAGAAGAUGUAGGGCUAUGUUUAGGCCACACUGAUGAUAUUCAUAUUUGUGGUUCAGAUACGUCUCAUGUCAAAGAUACUCCUGUGUCAGAAAAUAAUGAUGGAUGUGACAAUGAUUCCAAAGAUAUAGAACAUAUGGCACAGCCAAUUGAACUCCUAGAUGAUCAAGCCUUCGGUUGGAAGGUCUCUGAUGUAGCAAGCCCAAAUUAUCCCGUGUCGCAUCAACCAGUCAAUAUAAUCACAGAUGUUGCAAAGCUGACAGAGACGUCUGUAAAGUUAAAGAAGGAUAUGACUAAAAGCAUUUUCAAGCCUUUUAUUGGUGAAACAAGCUUUCUCUCAGAAUCGGCAGAUGUUGCCCCAGAUGAGAGUUCUUUUGUGCAGCGCGGGAGCAAGAAUGACAAUUCUUCUCCAUCGAGUGUGCCAUAUGAAGGCUUAUGUGAGAAAACUAUAGUGUGGAAUUUGAAUUCUCUGUUGGCGAGAGCAAGAUCUAACUUAUCGUCGGUUGAUCCUCUUUGUUCAGUUGUUCCUUGCAGUAUUUCUUUGGAAAAUGCUGGGUCCCCCCCAUUCCAGAAUCAAUGUGAUAGGGAAGUUAAUGCUGAAAGGUAUUUCUGCCCUACUUCAGAAUUUGUAUCUGAGGGUGUGGUUUUUAGAGAUAAUAAGGAAAAUCGUGACAAUAUUGACAUGGGGAGCCAAUUUGUUGAAAGAACCCUUUAUGAGAGUAGUUAUCGAGAACCUGCAGAAGUAGACGUUGAAUUGCAUGCCAUGCCUUCUAUGCGACACAGUCCACCUGUUAAUUUAGACCAAAGUAUGUGUUGCUGUGCUCACACAUCUUCAGGAGAGAAAAUUUUGGAAGAGACUUUGGCACAGAAAACCAUGACCAUUCAUAAUCAGAGUGAAAAUCUUCCGAAGAAUGAGUCUUGUUUCAACAAUUCCCAGGAUGUUCACAUUUCAGCUACAAAGCGCGUUCAUUUCGCAGACGUUGAAGUUGAGCCCCUAAACAAUAAUCCCUCAAAGCGACAUUCUUCACAUCAAAGUGGCUCGAGCGGUAGGGCAAGUAAAAGUUUAAAAAAUUGCAACAAAUGGUUAGAAAUUCGAAAUUGCAAAACAAGCAAAUGCUUGAUGAGUUGCAGAAACGAUCAGAAGAGGCUAAUUUUUCAGGAUAUAGAAUUUUUGCUUACUGGGUUUUCUAAUGAGAAGCAGAAGGAAAUUGAAGGACUAGUGCGCAAAUAUGGUGGUAUAGUUCUCUUGGAUAUCCCUUCCCCUUCAAUUUCCAGGGCAAAGAAAAGUUCAACAUCUUGUUCCCGGCAACUUCCUGUUGUUCUAAGUUCGAAGAAGCUUAAGACUACAAAGUUCUUGUAUGCGUGUGCCGUGAAUGCUCUCAUACUAAAAGUAAAAUGGCUUACCGAUUCAAUUGCAGCAAGCAAGAUCAAACCACCUGACAAAUACAUGGUUCUACCAAAUCAGGCUGGCAGGGAGUGUUCAAGGAGUGGAAUGUCGAUCUGUCUUAGUAACUCUAAAUAUAUUUUCAAUGGAGUAGGCAUCAUGCUUCAUGGGAAGCAUGGUUUUUGUGUCAAAUUGGCGAUGAUAAGCAAGCAUGGAUGUGCACAGGUGUUCAAGACCCUCCAGUCAUUAGUUCAGAGACUUGACACUGGAAAGGUAUCUAUAGGAGCUAUUGUUGCUGAGGAUGAAAGUCGCGUAUCACGGCACUUAAGGCAGUGUGCUUGUGAGAGGAAAAUACCAAUUGUGUCUGCUAUCUGGAUUGUUAAAAGCCUACAUUUGGGGAAACUCAUUCCCGUCACAGGAGAGAAGCAUGUGCCUUUGCCUAUGACCAGGAUUCCGAAGUUCCCGAUAUCCUUGGAUUGGAGCCAAGAGAUUUGAAGUAUUCGGUUUCAGCUGAACGACAGCGAAAAUACAAUGUGAGGAGUGUCACGGCUUUUCCAGUCGAGCAGCUCCAUAUUGAAGAGGAAUAACAAAGGUAAGUAAUGUGAUAUUAAUCAUGGCCUGUUCGUGAAAGGACUUCAUUUGCAAAUUGACUUCGAUGAGUGUUUCCUUUUUGCUUAUCUGCACCACAAUUGAGAGAAAACAGGGGAGAAUUAUUUGCCAGUUUAUUUACCUGAAAUUGAAUCUAGAAUUGGAAAGUGAGUUUCUUUAUUUGUGGUCGUAGAAAUUUUAUUUUUUAGUGAAUAGAAGAGUGCGCUUGGAAAAUAAAA